CUAGCGCAACACACAACCUGGAAAGACCCGUAUCCGUCUCUUGUUCGUGUAAAUGUCUGCAGUUAACAAAAAGAGCAAAGCGACUGUAAUACAGUAAUAAUAAAAACAUUUAGAAGAAUCGAUUUAAGCAAUUAGAGUGUCGUACCCCGCACUUAUUCAAAGGAAGUCGCAAACACAUCGAAAAUGGAAACCGUGUCUCUACCCCAAAUAAGUACAGAUGACCCACGUAUGAAGCUCCAGGUUGAAAACAGAAUGAAAAAUAUCUUUGUGACGCAGUUAGAGGACGCCAGAGAGGAGGAAGUUGAGAAUGUUAACCAUAUCCCCAUCAUUACUGAGGCCACUGGGAGAAUACUGGAGACAGGGGUGAACACACUGCAGAGGACCCUGGUGCUGAAGAAGCAGGUGGAGGUGGAUGAGGCAGACAGGGAGCUGGCCCUCAAGCGGCAGGAGUUCAAAGAUCGCAUUCAGGCCCUUGGGCAGCGGAGGGCUGAGUUCGAGCUCAAGCAGCAGGCGAACAAAGAGAGAGCGGUGAAGUUUGAAAAGUUUGUCCAGGACAAUGAGGCGAAGCGGCGUCGGGCCCAAAGAAAGUACGUGAUGGAGAGGAAACAGAAUGAGCUAAAGCAGAGGGAGAGAGAGGAGCUUCUACAGCAGCUGGAGAAACUGCAGGCCAGGCAGCAUUACUUAAAGGAGAGGGUCACCAAAUAUAAAAUUUAUGAAGACUAUCUGCUCAAGAUUUUAGAUCUACUUCCAGAAAAUUACUUGGAGUAUGGGGCGGACUCGCUGGUCAUGCCCAUCAUCCGCCGCCAUGAAACCUUGGCCAUCACUCACCAGGAGCUGGUGGAGCGGCUGGGCAGCCUGGUGGAGGACCUGGAGCUCAGCCAGCGUAGCCUGGAGAACCUGAAGCAGGAGCACGACACCAACAAGCUAAUGACCAACAGGAAACUGUCUGAACUGCAGACCCAAUGGGACAGAACCAAGGAGAGGAAUAAACAGCUGGAGAUGAACCUACAGAUGCACCAAGGACAAUCUAGGGACGAGAUUGAGGAGACUGGGAGCCUGCUGAUAGCUGUUAAGAACCUGGGCGAGCAAUGUCAUUUACCACAUUAUGGACCAUUGGACGACAUGUCUGUUUUACCAAUGAUGGACAUGAUAAAGGAAUUUAUUCUGGAGAAGGCAGAUGUGGAGAGAAGGGCGAUGCGUCUGAUGGAUUGUGGCUCAGCUGUGGCCAGCUCCACCGAGCUGUCAGGCACCAGGGAGAAAGGAUCUGCACUGAAGAACAGCAGUAAAGCACUGCUGAAAAGCACCAGCAAGACCAGCAGCAAGAGUGGCCUCUUCAGUGGAUCAAUACUGAAGAUGUGAACAUAGC